UGCGGCGGCUCUCGCGGGAUCUCGGGCCGCGGCCAGGGCUCAGUGUAAGAUGGCGGCGGCGGCAGCGGCGGGACGGGCCCGGGCCGGGCUCUGACCCCUCCCUGCUCUCCCCGCCCGCUCAAGCAGCUCCCGGCUCCCUCCCCCCUCUCAGCGACCGGCCGGGCCGAGGAUGGACUGGGAGUGAUUCCCGGCAGAGCACGAGGACCGGAACCCCCAAAAUGAAAGUGGAUCGGACGAAACUGAAGAAAACCCCCACGGAGGCGCCCGCUGACUGCCGGGCCCUCAUCGAGAAGCUGAAAGGCUGCAGUGAUGAGCAGCUGGUGACAGAACUGCAGCAGAUCAAGACAUGGAACAUUGGGAAGUGCGAGCUGUACCACUGGGUGGACCUGCUGGACCGCUUCGACGCGCUGCUGGCCGAGGCGGGCCGGCCGGUGGAGGCCAUGAGCUGGAUGCUGGCCUGCGACCGGCCCGAGCGCCAGCCCCUCAAGGCCCUGCUGCUGGCCCUGCUCAACUUCACGGCCCUGCUCAUCGAGUACAGCUUCUCCCGCCACCUCUACAGCUCCAUCGAGCACCUGACCACGCUGCUGGCCUCCUCGGACAUGCACGUGGUGCUGGCCGUGCUCAACCUGCUCUACGUGUUCAGCAAACGCUCCAACUACAUCACCCGCCUGGGCUCCGAGCGCCGCGGGCCCCUGCUGGCCCGCCUGCAGCACCUGGCCGAGAGCUGGGGUGGAAAGGAGAAUGGAUUCGGGCUGGCCGAGUGCUGUCGGGACUUGCACAUGAUGAAAUACCCCCCUAGUGCCACCACCCUGCACUUCGAGUUCUACGCCGAGCCGGGCGUUGAGGUGAAGGUGGACAAGAGGGCCACCAGCACCACUUUGCACUACAUCCACAUUGAGCAGCUGGACAAGAUCUCAGAGAGCCCCUCGGAGAUCAUGGAGUCCCUGACCAAGAUGUACAGCAUCCCCAAGGACAAGCAGAUGCUGCUGUUCACCCACAUCCGCCUGGCUCACGGCUUCUCCAACCACAAGAAGCGGCUGCAGGCGGUGCAGGCACGGCUCCACGCCAUCUCCAUCCUGGUGUACUCCAACGCGCUGCAGGAGUCGGCCAACAGCAUCUUGUACAACGGGCUGAUCGAGGAGCUGGUGGACGUGCUGCAGAUCACUGACAAGCAGCUGAUGGACAUCAAGGCGGCCUCCCUGCGGACGCUGACGUCCAUCGUGCACCUGGAGCGCACGCCAAAGCUCAGCAGCAUCAUCGACUGCACCGGCACCGCCUCCUACCACGGCUUCCUGCCCGUGCUGGUGCGCAACUGCAUCCAGGCCAUGAUCGACCCUUCCAUGGAGCCCUACCCCCACCAGUUCGCCACGGCGCUCUUCUCCUUCCUGUACCACCUGGCCAGCUACGACGCGGGCGGCGAGGCGCUGGUGUCGUGCGGCAUGAUGGAGGCGCUGCUCAAGGUGAUCAAGUUCCUGGGGGACGAGCAGGACCAGAUCACGUUCGUCACUCGGGCAGUGCGGGUGGUGGAUCUCAUCACCAACCUGGACAUGGCUGCCUUCCAGUCGCACAGCGGGCUGUCCAUCUUCAUCUACCGCCUUGAGCACGAGGUGGACCUGUGCCGUCGUGAGUGUCCCUUCGUCAUCAAGCCCAAAGUGCAGCGCCCGCCCGCUGCCACCCUGCCGGAGGGCGAGGACAUGGAGACAGACAUGGAGGUGACCGACGUGGCCAUGGAGAGCAGCCCCGGCCCCUCGGCCGAAGCGCGGCCGGACCCAGUGCCACCAGCCCCACCCGCCGUGCCCAGCACCAGCGCUGCCACCCCCUCCCCGCGUGGCGGAGUGCAGUGCAUCCCCCAGCGCGCCGCUUUGCUCAAAUCCAUGCUGAACUUCCUCAAAAAAGCCAUCCAAGACCCCGCCUUCUCCGACGGCAUCCGGCACGUGAUGGACGGCUCGCUGCCCACCUCGCUGAAGCACAUCAUCAGCAACGCCGAGUACUACGGCCCCUCGCUGUUCCUGCUGGCGACCGAGGUGGUGACGGUCUUCGUGUUCCAGGAGCCCUCGCUGCUGUCCUCGCUGCAGGACAACGGCCUCACCGACGUCAUGCUGCACGCUCUGCUCAUCAAGGACGUGCCGGCGACGCGGGAGGUGCUGGGCUCGCUGCCCAACGUGUUCAGCGCGCUGUGCCUGAACGCGCGGGGGCUGCAGAGCUUCGUGCAGUGCCAGCCCUUCGAGCGCCUCUUCAAGGUGCUGCUGUCCCCCGAUUACCUGCCCGCCAUGCGGCGCCGCCGCAGCUCCGACCCCCUCGGUGACACAGCCUCCAACCUGGGCAGCGCCGUGGACGAGCUGAUGCGGCACCAGCCCACGCUCAAGACCGACGCCACCACUGCCAUCAUCAAGCUGCUGGAGGAGAUCUGCAGCCUGGGCCGGGACCCCAAGUACAUCUGCCAGAAGCCGUCGAUGCAGAAGGCGGACGGGACGGCGGCCGCGCCGCCCCCGCGCUCGCCCCACGCUGCCGAGGAGGCCUCGAGCGAGGAUGAGGAGGAGGAGGAGGUGCAGGCCAUGCAGAGCUUCGGGGCUGCCCAGCAGAGCGAGGCAGAGCCCAGCCAGACCGUGGUGGGCACGGAGGAGCGCAUCCCCAUCCCACUCAUGGACUACAUCCUCAACGUGAUGAAGUUCGUGGAGUCCAUCCUGAGCAACAACACCACAGAUGAUCACUGCCAGGAGUUCGUGGCCCAGCGGGGGCUGCGGCCGCUCGUCACCAUCCUGGGGCUGCCCAACCUGCCCGUGGACUUCCCCACCUCUGCAGCCUGCCAGGCCGUGGCUGGGGUCUGCAAAUCCAUCCUGACUCUCUCCCACGAGCCCAAGGUGCUGCAGGAGGGGCUGGUGCAGCUGGAGGCCGUGCUGUCGGCGCUGGAGCCGCUGCACCGGCCCAUCGAGGCCCCGGGGGGCUCGGUGCUGCUGCGGGAGCUGGCCGGGGCCGGGGCCGUGCCCGACGCCACGCUCUCGGCCCAGGCCACCCCCCUGCUGCACGCGCUGACCGCCGCCCACGCCUUCAUCAUGAUGUUCGUGCACACCUGCAGGGUGGGACAGAGCGAGAUCAGGGCCAUCUCGGUGAACCAGUGGGGGUCCCAGCUGGGGCUGAGCGUGCUGGGCAAGCUGAGCCAGCUCUACUGCUCCCUGGUGUGGGAGAGCACCGUGCUGCUGUCCCUCUGCACCCCCAACAGUCUCCCCCCAGGCUGUGAGUUUGGCCAGGCUGACAUGCAGAAACUCGUGCCCAAGGAGGAGAAAACGGCCCCCAGCCCCCCCCAGGGCGGCCGCAGGGCAGAGGGCGAGGUGGAGGGCCCAGGCCCCGUGGGGGGGGUGGGCAGUGACCCCCCCCCGGCCCAGGGGCUGCUGGAGGGGAUGGGGCUGGAGGGGGAGCCCCUGGCCCCCAUGGAGACGGACGAGCCCAGCGCCAGCGACCCCAAAGCCAAGGCCAAGAUCACCCCAGCCAUGGCCGCCCGCAUCAAACAGAUCAAACCCCUGCUCUCCGCCUCGUCGCGGCUGGGCCGGGCGCUGGCCGAGCUCUUUGGGCUGCUGGUCAAGCUGUGCGUGGGCUCCCCGGUGCGGCAGCGCCGCAGCCACCACGCGGCCGCCGCCGCCCCCGCGCCCACCGCGGCCGCCCGCGCCACGGCCUCGGCGCUGACCCGCCUGCUGACCAAGGGGCUGAGCUGGCAACCGCCCCCCUACACCCCCACGCCACGGUUCCGGCUGACGUUCUUCAUCUGCUCGGUGGGGUUCACGUCGCCCAUGCUGUUCGACGAGCGCAAGUUCCCCUAUCACCUCAUGCUGCAGAAAUUCCUCUGCUCCGGCGGCCACAACGCCCUCUUCGAGACCUUUAACUGGGCGCUGUCCAUGGGGGGCAAGGUGCCGGUGGGGGAGGGUUUGGAGCACCCCGACCUGCCAGAUGGCACCGGUGAAUUCCUGGACGCGUGGCUGAUGCUGGUGGAGAAGAUGGUGAACCCCAGCACGGUGCUGGAGUCCCCCCACGCGCUGCCCGCCAAGGCCCCCCCACACGGACACCCCCCCUUCAGCGCCCUGCGCUUCCUCGUGGUCACCCAGAAGGCCGCGUUCGCCUGCAUCAAGCAGCUGUGGCAGCGGCGGCCGCUGAAGGUGUAUGGUGGCCGCAUGGCUGAGUCCAUGCUGGCCAUCCUGUGCCACAUCCUGCGGGCCGAGCCGCUGCUGCGCGAGCGCCUGGGCCGCGAGCGAGAGGGGCCCGCGCCCGACGAGCCCGGGGGCGACGAGGGGGGAGCCCGCAGGGAGCCCCACGUCAACCAGCAGCAGCUGCAGCAGCUGAUGGACAUGGGUUUCUCGCGGGAGCACGCCAUGGAGGCGCUGCUCAACACCAACACCAUGGAGCAGGCCACGGAGUACCUGCUCACCCACCCGCCCCCGCUCAUGGGGGGCUCAGCACGGGACCUGAGCAUGUCGGAGGAGGAUCAGAUGAUGAGAGCCAUCGCCAUGUCCCUGGGCCAGGACAUCCCCAUGGAGCAGCGUGCCGAGUCCCCCGAGGAGGCUGCGUGCCGCAAGGAGGAGGAGGAGCGGCGGGCGCGGGAGCGGCAGGAGGAGGAGGAGGCCAAGUGCCUGGAGAAGUUUGAGGGGGCCGAGCCGCUGGAGGCGGCUGAGCUCGGGGCCUUCACGGACUCGAUGCUGCCGGGCUGCUCGCAGCUGCUGGACGAGCUGCCGGACACCGUGUACCGCGUCUGCGACCUGCUGAUGACGGCCGUGCGCCGCAACGGCCCGGCCUACCGGGACAGCGUGCUCAAACAGGUGGUGCAGCAGGUGUGGGAGGCGGCCGAUGUCCUGAUCAAGGCGGCCGUGCCGCUGACCACCAGCGACACCAAGACCGUGUCGGAGUGGAUCAGCCAAAUGGCCACCCUGCCCCAGGCCUCCAACCUGGCCACGCGCAUCCUGCUGCUCACCCUGCUCUUCGAGGAGCUGAAGCUGCCCUGUGCCCGCGUGGUGGAGUCCAGCUGCGUGCUGGACGUGCUGAUCAAGCUGCUGGAGGUGGUGCAGCCCUGCCUGCAGGCUGCCAAGGAGCACAAGGAGGUGCAGACCCCCAAGUGGAUCACCCCUGUGCUGCUGCUGAUUGAUUUCUACGAGAAGACGGCCGUGUCCUCCAAGCGCCGCGCGCAGAUGAACAAGUACCUGCAGGCCACUGGGAACAACUGGCGCUGGUUCGACGACCGCUCGGGCCGCUGGUGCAGCUACAGUGCCAGCAACAACAGCACCAUCGACGCGGCCUGGCGGGCCGGAGAGCCCAGCGUGCGCUUCACGGCCGGCCGGCGGCGCUACACCGUGCAGUUCACCACCAUGGUGCAGGUGAAUGAGGAGACCGGGAACCGGCGCCCGGUGAUGCUGACGCUGCUGAGACCCCCCCGCGCCGGGAAGGGCCGCGACGAGGGGGGGACCGAGGACCCCGAGGGGAAGAGCAAGGACGAGACCCCUGCACCACUCCCCGCCGCCCCCUGCCCAUCCCCUCCCUGCCCCACGCCGACCCCCGAGGAGCCCCGGGAUGACCCCGACGCCGAGGCUCCGGUGCGGGGCCUGGCGGAGGAGGCGGUGCCGGCCGUGCUGCGGGCGUGCGUCAGCAUGCUGGGGGUGCCCGUGGACCCCGACACGCUGCACGCCACGCUGCGCCUCUGCCUGCGCCUGACGCGGCAGCACAAGCACGCGCUGCUGUUCGCCGAGCUGCGCUCCACCCGCACCAUCCUGGCGCUCACGCAGAGCUCCGGCUUCACCGGCUUCACCCCGCUGGUCACCCUGCUCUUCCGGCACAUCAUCGAGGACCCCUGCACGCUGCGGCACACCAUGGAGAAGGUGGUGCGGUCAGCGGCCACGAGCGGGGCGGGCAGCACCACCUCGGGGGUGGUGUCGGGCAGCCUGGGCUCGCGGGAGGUGAAUUACAUCCUGCGGGUGCUGGGCCCCGCCGCCUGCCGCAGCCCCCACGUCUUCACCGAGGUGGCCACGGGCUGCAUCCGCAUCGCCCUGCCCGCGCCGCGCGGCUCCGGCACCGCCUCUGACGACGAGUUUGAGAACCUGCGGAUCAAGGGGCCCAACGCGGUGCAGCUGGUGAAGACCACGCCGGCCAAGGCGGCCGCGCUGCCGCCCAUCCCCGAGCCCAUCCGCGACGUCAUCUACGACAUGCUCAACGCCCUGGCCGCCUACCACGCCCCUGACGAGGGUGACAAGGGGGACCCCAAGAGCGCGGCGCCCAGCGAGGUGAGCCAGCUGCUGUCGGACAUUGGGGACGACAUGUACCAGCAGUACCGCAGCCUGACCCGGCCCCCCGCCGACUUCGACCCCCCCGCCGGCUUCGCCAUCAACGCCCAGGUUUUCGCUGCUGACGGAGCCGCGGCUGAGACACCGCCCUCAGGAACCCCCCAGGGAGAAGCAUCCAGCCCCGAGGAGGGCCGCGAGGGCCGCAAGGAGAAGGAGGGGGAGCGCGGUGAGGAGCGGGGCCGGGCGCGGGGCUCCAAGCCCCUGAUGCCCACCUCGACCAUCCUGCGGCUGCUGGCCGAGCUGGUGCGCUCCUACGUGGGCAUCGCCGCCCUGAUCGCCAACUACAGCUACAGCGUGGGCCAGUCCGAGCUCAUCAAGGAGGACUGCAGCGUGCUGGCCUUUGUCCUGGACCACCUGCUGCCCCACCAGCAGAACGCCGAGGACAAGGACACGCCGGCGCUGGCGCGGCUCUUCCUGGCCAGCCUGGCCGCGGCCGGCAGCGGCACCGAUGCCCAGGUGGCCCUGGUCAACGAGGUCAAGGCCGCCCUCGGCCGCGCCCUGGCCAUGGCCGAGAGCACCGAGAAACACGCCAGGCUCCAGGCCGUCAUGUGCAUCAUCAGCACCAUCAUGGAGUCGUGCCCGUCCACCUCGAGCUUCUACAGCAGCGCGGCCAAGCCGCCCCACAACGGCAUGAACAACAUCAUCCGCCUGUUCCUCAAGAAGGGGCUGGUCAACGACCUGGCCCGUGUGCCCCACAGCCUCGACCUGUCCAGCCCCAACAUGGCCAACACGGUGAACGCGGCGCUGAAGCCGCUGGAGACGCUGUCGCGCAUCGUGAACCAGCCCAGCGGGCUCUUCGGGGCCAAGGGCUCCUCCAGCAAGAGCAAGGCCGAGGGCAACGGGGGCGCCCGCGAGGCGGGGGCCGCGCCCCCCGAUGGAGGGGACCCCGGGGACCCCGAGCCCCCCGAGGAGGACGCGGAGGCGGCGCAGGCCGAGGCGGCCGACGGGGACAUGGACGGCGAGGCCGAGGGGGACACGGUGGUGCUGGCUGGGCAGCCUGAGGGGCUCACUACCCAGGAGAUGCAGGUGGAGAAUGAGCUGGAGGAUCUCAUUGAUGAGCUGCUGGAGCGGGACGGCGCCGACGGCAACAGCACCAUCAUUGUGAGCCGCUCAGCCGAGGACGAGUCGCAGGAGGACGUCCUGAUGGACGAGGCCCCGUCCAACCUCAGCCAGGCCUCCACGCUGCAGGCCAACCGUGAAGAUUCCAUGAACAUCCUGGACCCCGAGGAUGAGGAGGAGCAUACGCAGGAGGAAGACAGCAGCGGCAGCAAUGAGGACGAGGACGACAGCCAGGACGAGGAAGAAGAGGAGGAGGAGGAGGAUGAGGAUGAUCAGGACGAUGAGGAGGGCGAGGAAGGUGAGGAGGAGGAGGAUGAUGAUGAUGGCUCGGAGAUGGAGCUGGAUGAGGAUUACCCCGACAUGAACGCCUCGCCCCUCGUGCGCUUCGAGCGCUUUGACCGCGAUGAUGACCUCAUCAUUGAGUUUGACAACAUGUUCUCCAGCCCCACUGACAUCCCGCCGUCCCCCGGGAACAUCCCUGCCAGCCACCCUCUGCUGGUGCGGCACGCGGAGCACGGGGGGCUGGGGCUGGGGGCUGGCCCGGGGGGCGCCCGCCUGGCCCAGGGGCUCGGCCGGAGCCAGCGCACGCUGCGGCAGCUCACGGCCAACGCCGGCCACACCAUCCACGUCCACUACCCGGGGGCACGGCAGCCAAACCCCCCCCUGAUCCUGCAGCGGCUCCUGGGCCCCUCGGCGGCUGCAGACAUCCUGCAGCUGAGCAGCAGCCUCCCGCUGCAGAGCCGGGGCCGGGCGCGGCUGCUGGUGGGCAACGAGGACGUGCACAUCAUCGCCCGCUCCGACGACGAGCUGCUGGACGACUUCUUCCACGAGCAGGGCAGCGCGGGCAGCCAGGCAGGGACCCUGUCCAGCAUCCCCACGGCCUUGACGCGCUGGACCGAGGAGUGCAAGGUCCUGGAUGCUGAGAGCAUGCACGACUGCGUGUCCGUGGUCAAGGUGCCCAUCCUGGCCCGGCUGGAGGCGCUGCGGGACGAGGAGCUGGACGAGCGGCGCGAGAAGCGCCGGCGCCAGGCGGCCGAGGACGAGGCCAAAGGCGCCGAGCGCGGCCCCGAGGACAAGGACGGGGCAGAGACCCAGGACGCGGCGUCCAAAGCCGGCCCCGCUUCGGCCGACGUCACCCCCCCAGAACACAGCGGGACCCCGGGAGAGACCCCCCCUCCCGGUCCCCACCGGACACUGGUGAUGCUGGAACCGACGCCGACCCCCCCAGACCCCCCCCCAGGAGCCCCCCAAAUCCCCACUCGCCCCCCUCAGCCCCCCGAACACGAAGAGGGGGGGCCUGGACGACCCCCCCAAGAUGCCGAAGCCACUCAGAUGGAGCUGUCACCCGCUCCCACCAUCACGUCGCUGUCCCCAGAGCGGGCGGAGGACUCGGAUGCGCUGACGGCCGUGAGCAGCCAGCUGGAGGGGUCCCCCAUGGACACCUCGAGUUUGGCCUCCUGCACCUUGGAAGAAUCGGGGGGAGCUCCCCCUGCCCCCACAGCCCCCCCAAAACCCCCCCGGAACCCCCCGGGACCCCCUCCUGCCCCCCCCGACACCGCUCAGCCUCCGGACGAUAGCUCCCCCCCGGCCUCAUCCUCGGAGAGUUCGUCCACCCGGGACUCGGCCGGGGCCAUUUCCGGGGCCGACUCGCGAGGGAUCCUGGAGGAGCCGCUGCCGUCCACCAGCAGUGAGGAGGAGGAUCCGCUGGCCGGGAUCAGCCUCCCCGAGGGCGUGGAUCCCUCGUUCCUGGCGGCGCUGCCGGACGACAUCCGGCGGGAGGUGCUGCAGAACCAGCUGGGGAUCCGCCCGCCCGCGCGGGCCCCGCCCGCCGCCAGCCCCGCCCCACCCGUGGUGGCCAACCCCGGCCUCACCGAGGUCAGCCCCGAGUUCCUGGCGGCGCUGCCCCCGGCCAUCCAGGAGGAGGUGCUGGCGCAGCAGCGGGCGGAGCAGCAGCGGCGGGAGCUGGCUCAGGCCACGGGCUCGGACGCGCCCAUGGACCCGGUGACGUUCAUCCAGACGCUGCCGUCCGAGCUGCGGCGCUCGGUGCUGGAGGACAUGGAGGACUCGGUGCUGGCCGUGAUGCCGCCGGACAUCGCGGCCGAGGCGCAGGCGCUGCGGCGCGAGCAGGAGGCGCGGCAGCGGCAGCUCAUGCACGAGCGCCUCUUCGGCCACUCCAGCACCUCGGCGCUCUCGGCCAUCCUGCGCAGCCCCGCGUUCACCAGCCGGCUCAGCGGGAACCGGGGCGUUCAGUACACGCGGCUGGCGGUGCAGAGGGGGGGCACCUUCCACAUGGGGGGCACCGGCACCCACAGCAGGCCGGCGGGCAGCAGCGUGGACAGCCUGCUGCGCCUGCGCGGGCGGCUGCUGCUGGACCACGAGGCUCUGUCCUGCCUGCUGGUGCUGCUCUUCGUGGACGAGCCCAAGCUGAACACGAGCCGCCUGCACCGCGUCCUGCGCAACCUCUGCUACCACGCUCCCACGCGGGGCUGGGUGGUCCGCAGCCUGCUGUCCAUCCUGCAGCGCAGCAGCGAGAGCGAGCUGUGCCUCGAGACCCCCCGCGGGACCCCCGGGCCGGGCGCCGAGGAGCGGCCGCGCGGCCGCGCCGGCGGGAGCCGCGCCGGGCCCGGCUCGGCCGCGGAGCCGCGCGGGCUGGACCUGCUGCACCGCAUGGAGUCGCGCAGCUCCGGCCAGCUCUCCUGGCUGUCCGUGUCCAUGGACGCCGCCUUGGGCUGCCGGACCAACAUCUUCCAGAUCCAGCGCGUGCCCGGCCGCAAGCACACGGAGAAGCACGCGGCGGCCGCCGGCUCCGCCGUCCACAUCCACCCCCAGGCCGCGCCCGUGGUGUGCCGGCACGUGCUGGACACCCUCAUCCAGCUGGCCAAGGUCUUCCCCAGCCACUUCACCCAACAACGAGGCCGAGACCCCGCCACCGACCCGGAGCGCGACCGCGGCCCCCCGAAAUCCGGAGGCAGCCCUUGCCCCCCCCAAUCCCAAUCCGGCUCGCUGUCCACCGAUUUUUGGGACCUGCUGGUCAAGCUGGACAACAUGAACGUGAGCCGGAAGGGGAAGGGGUCGGCGCGGGCGGGGGGCGGCGGGGGCGGCCCCGAGCCCGAGGCGGCCGGGGGGGGCCUGGAGGCGUCGCCGCUGGGGCAGCUGAUGAACAUGCUGUCCCACGGCGUCAUCCGCCGCAGCCCCCUCCUCACCGAGAAGCUGCUGCGCCUCCUGUCCCUCAUCUCCAUCGCCCUCCCCGAGGGGGGCAAGGCCGGCGAGGGGGGGGCAGCGCCCCAGAACGGAGCCCCCGCCCCCCCCGCGCCCGCCCCGCCCGCUGGAGGGGCUGGGACAGGGACGGGGGCGGGGGCGGCCGCAGCGCCCGGGAGCCCCCCGGGACAGGGGGGCAACGGAGGAGGAGGAGCGGCCACGGCUGGGGGAACCGCGGCCCCUGCCAAGAGCUCCAAGUCCCCUGCCAAGGUCCCCGAGGGUAGCCCCGACCCUCGGCUGGCGGCCACGGGCCUGACCGAGAGCCAGCUCCAACUCUCCGUGGAGGUGCUGACGUCGCACUCGUGCUCGGAGGAGGGGCUGGAGGACGCGGCCAAUGUCCUGCUGCAGCUGUCGCGGGGGGACGCGGGGACAAGGGACACGGUGCUGCGGCUGCUGCUCAGCGGGGCCCGGCAGCUGGGGGGGGCCCUGUGCCGCCAGAUUGGGACACUGCUGGCCGAGCUCCGUGAGUACAACCUGGAGCAGCAGCGGCGGGCACAGCUCGAGGCCCCGUCCCCCGAGGGGCUCCCCGAGGAGCAGCCCCCCAGCGCCAAGCUCAAGGGCAAAAUGCAGAGCCGCUUCGACACGGCCGAGAGCGUGGUCAUCGUGGCGUCUCAGAAGCGCGCUCUGGGCGGCCGGGAGCUGCAGCUGCCCUCCAUGUCCGUGCUGACCUCCAAGACGUCCACGCAGCGCUUCUUCCUGCGCGUGCUGCAGGUCAUCAUCCAGCUGCGCGACGACACGCGCCGGGCGCACCGCAAGGCCAAGCAGCCCGGCCGGCUGGGCGCCGCGGGGCUGGGGGCGGCCGGCAGCAUCCAGGCCGCCGUCCGGCAGCUGGAGGCCGAGGCCGACGCCAUCAUACAAAUGGUACGUGAGGGCCAGAGGGCCCGGAGGCGGCAGCAGGGAGACACGUCGGAGGCCGGGCCCGCGGACGCCGUCCCCCGGCGCGAGGAGUCGCCCAUGGACGUGGACCAGCCCUCGCCCGCCCCGCAGGACGUGGGCCCCGAGGCCGCGCAGGGCGGGGACCGGGACCGGGACAGGGACAGGGAGGAGCGGCCCCCGGAGCUGCCCCUGCUGAGCGAGCAGCUGAGCCUGGACGAGCUGUGGGACAUGCUGGGAGAGUGCCUCAAGGAGCUCGAGGAGUCCCACGACCAGCACGCCGUGCUCGUGCUGCAGCCGGCCGUCGAGGCGUUUUUCCUGGUGCACGCCACGGAGCGCGAGAGCCGCCCGCCGGUGCGGGACACGCGGGAGAGCCAGCUGGCACACAUCAAGGACGAGCCACCGCCGCUGUCCCCCGCGCCCCUCACCCCCGCCACCCCCUCCGCCCUGGACCCCUUCUUCUCGCGGGAGCCCUCGGCCAUGCACAUCUCGGCCAGCCUGCCCCCGGACACGCAGAAAUUCCUGCGCUUCGCCGAGACCCACCGGACGGUGCUGAACCAGAUCCUGCGGCAGUCCACCACGCACCUGGCCGACGGCCCCUUCGCCGUGCUGGUCGAUUACAUCCGCGUGCUGGACUUCGACGUCAAGCGCAAGUAUUUCAGGCAGGAGCUGGAGCGCCUGGACGAGGGGCUGCGCAAGGAGGACAUGGCCGUGCACGUCCGGCGCGACCACGUCUUCGAGGAUUCGUACCGGGAGCUGCACCGCAAAUCCCCCGAGGAGAUGAAGAACCGCCUGUACAUCGUGUUCGAGGGCGAGGAGGGCCAGGACGCCGGGGGGCUGCUGCGGGAGUGGUACAUGAUCAUCUCCCGCGAGAUGUUCAACCCCAUGUACGCCCUGUUCCGCACCUCGCCCGGCGACCGCGUCACCUACACCAUCAACCCCUCGUCCCACUGCAACCCCAACCACCUGAGCUACUUCAAGUUCGUGGGCAGGAUCGUGGCCAAAGCCGUCUACGACAACCGGCUGCUGGAGUGCUACUUCACCCGCUCCUUCUACAAACACAUCCUGGGCAAGUCCGUGCGGUACACGGACAUGGAGAGCGAGGACUAUCACUUCUACCAGGGCCUCGUGUACCUGCUGGAGAACGACGUCUCCACGCUGGGCUACGACCUCACCUUCAGCACCGAGGUGCAGGAAUUUGGGGUGUGUGAGGUGCGGGACCUGAAGCCCAACGGGGCCAACGUGCUGGUGACGGAGGAGAACAAGAAGGAGUACGUGCACCUCGUGUGCCAGAUGCGCAUGACCGGCGCCAUCCGGAAGCAGCUGGCGGCGUUCCUGGAAGGGUUCUACGAGAUCAUCCCCAAGCGCCUCAUCUCCAUCUUCACGGAGCAGGAGCUGGAGCUGCUCAUCUCGGGGCUGCCCACCAUCGACAUCGACGACCUCAAGGCCAACACCGAGUACCACAAGUACCAGGGCAACUCCAUCCAGAUCCAGUGGUUCUGGCGCGCCCUGCGCUCCUUCGACCAGGCCGACCGCGCCAAGUUCCUGCAGUUUGUGACGGGCACGUCCAAGGUGCCCCUGCAGGGAUUCGCCGCCCUCGAGGGCAUGAACGGCAUCCAGAAAUUCCAGAUCCACCGCGACGACCGCUCCACCGACCGGCUGCCCUCGGCCCACACCUGCUUCAACCAGCUGGACCUGCCGGCCUACGAGAGCUACGAGAAGCUGCGGCACAUGCUGCUGCUGGCCAUCCAGGAGUGCUCCGAGGGCUUCGGGCUGGCCUAGGGGGGCUGCGCCGGACCCCCGCUGGGGCUCUAUAAAUAUAUAUAUAUUUUUUGGUUC